AUGAAGUCAUCCGGGCUGUUGAAACUAGAAAACGGCCUUACGUUCGUCCUCGUCCUUGUUCUGACAACCGCGGAACCUUUACCAUCGACAGAAAACAUUUGCACCAGGAUUGAAAAUUACACGGUGACGGAAAGAGAACAGUACCAAGAACCAGUGGUGGUGACUACUGCUACAUGGUGUGCAGAAUUUCCAUUUAGAUGCGUGCGCAAUCGUAUUGAGAUGAGAACUCAAUUUAGAAUUAAGAGUGAAGUAAAGCAACGAAAUAUAACCGAGUGCUGUGAGGGAUACACCAAACAAAAAUACAAAAUCGAUAACUAUUACACCGAGAAGUGUAUCCCUCUGUCAAACUGCAGCGCAGGGCUCAUCGGAGACAAAUGCGACAUCGAAUGUCCAAAAGGAACUUGGGGUAUCUCAUGCCAACAAACAUGCAGUUGCGGGACUAAGGGUCUCUGCAGCAGGAUCAACGGAACUUGUCGCUGUCUGCCGGGAUGGAGAGGCUCUAAUUGCACAGACAAAUGUCCACCUGGAAAAUGGGGUCACGAUUGCUCGGUACCAUGUUCCUGCAUCAAUGGAUUUUGCCAUCAUGAAACCGGAGAAUGUACAUCAACUAAUACUACCUCGGAAAUCCAUCAAUUAUUCGUAACUGAGAACAACGAGAGGCAUAAAACCAGUGUCACCCCCAAAGAGACAACUAAAUCGCAGGUGAAUGGAAUAAAUAGUCCUGGUGAUAAUUAUAAUUUAAUACCCGAUAAUUCAGAGCUGAAACUAGCCGGCAGUGAGAUUUCCACUGAAAUGACAUCGAAAUUGGAAUUGCCAGCAAUUAACUCAGUAAUUACUACAACGAACAAAGGUACACCUACGACUUCGUCAAAUGCAUUUGCGACUACAACAGACUCGGCGACGGUGACGAAGGUCGAUACGUCAACAUCAACAUCGGACUCUAUGUCAACAUCAAUUUCUACGUCAACAUCAACAACCCGUCCAAUCGUCGCGGUUUUACACGUUCCGCGAAAACCCAAUAGUAACCAAAUCAUUACGAGCUCCAUUGGCACAGGAUUACACGACUCGCUGGAAGCGGAUAAAAUUCCGGUUCACGUUCCGAUGUCAUUAGAUAUCAUAGCGUUUAUCGUUAUAGGGUCAAUAAUAUCUCUGGGGCUGACAAUAAUGGCAGCGCUCGCUAUUCUUCACGUUCGAGCAAAACUUUACGAGACUCUUAGAGUCUCGAUUUACGACACAGAAAAAUUCCCCGGAGAUCAUAACACUAACAGUAACACGUUUUCUGCAAGGACAAGAACGAUGUCACCUAUUCCGCCGACUCCGACGCCAAAAUUCCCGACGUUGACGCGCGAAAAAGGCGCCGACGUACACACGAUUAGUCGCAAUAGUCACAUACUUACGCCCGUACGUGAUUAUGAAAUUCCCAGGUGUAUUAUUCCGGAACGACCCGGAACUUUACCGAAAUCAAAUUCUGUAGCACGUGAAUCAACUUGCUCUAAUCAAUAUCUAAAUAUUCAUUUAUGCAGUGAUUUACGAGGU